AUGUUGAAAGCUACAAUCCAAUUGGCGACGGCAAAGAACAUGAACAGUUUCUGGCUUAAGUUCAAAAGCAAGAAACGAAAACGGAAAACCUUAAUCCGCCAUGAGAUUUUCCUCUUUUUAGAUCCUUCAAUGGAGCCGACAAUCUCUGUCAGCCCUUCACUGGCACUGUACGUGGCUGGAGAUUCACUCACUAUUAACUGCACAGUUCCACACAUCAACUUGACUGGACAUCUGGAGUUGCUGAAGGACUCGAAUUCUCUCAUCAUUGGACAAGGAGCCCUCACAUACGUCAUUGAAAACGUCACCACCAGCGACCAAGGGAGCUACCAAUGUUCCUAUCGGACUGAGGUGGCAGAGCAAACUGUUGAUAUUGUUGUUACAAAUCCUGCAACCGAGCCGAGCAUCUCCGUGAGAGCUGACGGCGGAUCAGUCAACAUCAGCUGCACAGUUCCAGACGGUGUCCCUUCAGGCCGCUUUCUGUUGCUAAAGGACACGGUUCCCAUCAUCAACAGCACCAUCAGCCAGCAAUCCUUCACCUACACCAUUCCGAACAUCACUGCCAGCAGCCAGGGCCACUACACAUGUUCCUACACAACCCAGGUUUCAGGUCGUUGGAUACCAUCGUUUCAAAGUCGCCCUGUAACUGUCGCACGUUCGGGUGUGAGAUUGGUCAAUUCGAACGAUCCGUGCUCUGGAACUGUGGAGGUGUUGUACGAUGGAAGUUGGGGCACGGUUUGUGAUGAUGGCUGGGAUUUGGCAGAUGGCACUGUUCUUUGCAAGGAGCUGCAAUGUGGACCCGCCCUGUCGGUGCACGGUAGUGCUCGGUUUGGAACAGGUAGCGGCAAGAUUUGGAUGGAUGACGUUUCCUGCGAGGGGACAGAGUCCCAUCUCCGGUCUUGCUCCUUCCCCGGUUGGGGAACCCACAACUGUGGUCAUGGUGAGGAUGCAGGUGUAAUCUGUUACCCAGGAUCGGGUGUGAGAUUGGUCAAUUCGAACGAUCCGUGCUCUGGAACUGUGGAGGUGUUGUACGAUGGAAGUUGGGGCACGGUUUGUGAUGAUGGCUGGGAUUUGGCAGAUGGCACUGUUCUUUGCAAGGAGCUGCAAUGUGGACCCGUCCUGUCGGUGCACGGUAGCGCUCGGUUUGGAGGAGGUACUGGAAAUAUUUGGAUGGAUGACGUUUCCUGCGAGGGGACGGAGUCCCAUCUCCGGUCUUGCUCCUUCCCCGGUUGGGGAACCCACAACUGUGGUCAUGGUGAGGAUGCAGGUGUAACCUGUUACCCAGAUCCUUCAAUGGAGCCGACAAUCUCUGUCAGCCCUUCACUGGCACUGUACGUGGCUGGAGAUUCACUCACUAUUAACUGCACAGUUCCACACAUCAACUUGACUGGACAUCUGGAGUUGCUGAAGGACUCGAAUUCUCUCAUCAUUGGACAAGGAGCCCUCACAUACGUCAUUGAAAACGUCACCACCAGCGACCAAGGGAGCUACCAAUGUUCCUAUCGGACUGAGGUGGCAGAGCAAACUGUUGAUAUUGUUGUUACAAAUCCUGCAACCGAGCCGAGCAUCUCCGUGAGAGCUGACGGCGGAUCAGUCAACAUCAGCUGCACAGUUCCAGACGGUGUCCCUUCAGGCCGCUUUCUGUUGCUAAAGGACACGGUUCCCAUCAUCAACAGCACCAUCAGCCAGCAAUCCUUCACCUACACCAUUCCGAACAUCACUGCCAGCAGCCAGGGCCACUACACAUGUUCCUACACAACCCAGGUUUCAGGUCGUUGGAUACCAUCGUUUCAAAGUCGCCCUGUAACUGUCGCACGUUCGGGUGUGAGAUUGGUCAAUUCGAACGAUCCGUGCUCUGGAACUGUGGAGGUGUUGUACGAUGGAAGUUGGGGCACGGUUUGUGAUGAUGGCUGGGAUUUGGCAGAUGGCACUGUUCUUUGCAAGGAGCUGCAAUGUGGACCCGCCCUGUCGGUGCACGGUAGUGCUCGGUUUGGAACAGGUAGCGGCAAGAUUUGGAUGGAUGAUGUUUCCUGCGAGGGGACAGAGUCCCAUCUCCGGUCUUGCUCCUUCCCCGGUUGGGGAACCCACAACUGUGGUCAUGGUGAGGAUGCAGGUGUAAUCUGUUACCCAGGUAAGACCCAGCUGUAUAACUGAAUGGACAUCUUCUGAUCGGGUGUGAGAUUGGUCAAUUCGAACGAUCCGUGCUCUGGAACUGUGGAGGUGUUGUACGAUGGAAGUUGGGGCACGGUUUGUGAUGAUGGCUGGGAUUUGGCAGAUGGCACUGUUCUUUGCAAGGAGCUGCAAUGUGGACCCGUCCUGUCGGUGCACGGUAGCGCUCGGUUUGGAGGAGGUACUGGAAAUAUUUGGAUGGAUGACGUUUCCUGCGAGGGGACGGAGUCCCAUCUCCGGUCUUGCUCCUUCCCCGGUUGGGGAACCCACAACUGUGGUCAUGGUGAGGAUGCAGGUGUAACCUGUUCGGGUGUGAGAUUGGUCAAUUCGAACGAUCCGUGCUCUGGAACUGUGGAGGUGUUGUACGAUGGAAGUUGGGGCACGGUUUGUGAUGAUGGCUGGGAUUUGGCAGAUGGCACUGUUCUUUGCAAGGAGCUGCAAUGUGGACCCGUCCUGUCGGUGCACGGUAGCGCUCGGUUUGGAGGAGGUACUGGAAAUAUUUGGAUGGAUGACGUUUCCUGCGAGGGGACGGAGUCCCAUCUCCGGUCUUGCUCCUUCCCCGGUUGGGGAACCCACAACUGUGGUCAUGGUGAGGAUGCAGGUGUAACCUGUUACCCAGAUCGUUUGACGGAGGCGACAAUCUCUGCCAGCCCUUCACUGGCACUCUACGUGGCUGGAGAUUCACUCACUAUUAACUGCACAGUUCCACACAGCAACUUGACUGGACAUCUGGAGUUGCUGAAGGACUCGAAUUCUCUCAGCUUUGGACAAAGAGCCCUCACAUACGUCAUUGAAAACGUCACCACCAGCGACCAAGGGAGCUACCAAUGUUCGUAUCAGACUGAGGUGGCAGAGCAAUGGUCACCCAGCUCUCUGAGUCAACCUGUUGAUAUUGUUGUUACAAAUCCUGCAACCGAGCCGAGCAUCUCCGUGAGAGCUGACGGCGGAUCAGUCAACAUCAGCUGCACAGUUCCAGACGGUGUCCCUUCAGGCCGCUUUCUGUUGCUAAAGGACACGGUUCCCAUCAUCAACAGCACCAUCAGCCAGCAAUCCUUCACCUACACCAUUCCGAACAUCACUGCCAGCAGCCAGGGCCACUACACAUGUUCCUACACAACCCAGGUUUCAGGUCGUUGGAUACCAUCGUUUCAAAGUCGCCCUGUAACUGUCGCACGAUCGGGUGUGAGAUUGGUCAAUUCGAACGAUCCGUGCUCUGGAACUGUGGAGGUGUUGUACGAUGGAAGUUGGGGCACGGUUUGUGAUGAUGGCUGGGAUUUGGCAGAUGGCACUGUUCUUUGCAAGGAGCUGCAAUGUGGACCCGUCCUGUCGGUGCACGGUAGCGCUCGGUUUGGAGGAGGUACUGGGAAUAUUUGGAUGGAUGACGUUUCCUGCGAGGGGACGGAGUCCCAUCUCCGGUCUUGCUCCUUCCCCGGUUGGGGAACCCACAACUGUGGUCAUGGUGAGGAUGCAGGUGUAACCUGUUACCCAGAUCGUUUGACGGAGCCGGCAAUCUCUGCCAGCCCUUCACUGGCACUCUACGUGGCUGGAGAUUCACUCACUAUUAACUGCACAGUUCCACACAGCAACUUGACUGGACAUCUGGAGUUGCUGAAGGACUCGAAUUCUCUCAUCAUUGGACAAAGAGCCCUCACAUACGUCAUUGAAAACGUCACCACCAGCGACCAAGGGAGCUACCAAUGUUCCUAUCGGACUGAGGUGGCAGAGCAAUGGUCACCCAACUCUCUGAGUCAACCUGUUGAUAUUGUUGUUACAAAUCCUGCAACCGAGCCGAGCAUCUCCGUGAGAGCUGACGGCGGAUCAGUCAACAUCAGCUGCACAGUUCCAGACGGUGUCCCUUCAGGCCGCUUUCUGUUGCUAAAGGACACGGUUCCCAUCAUCAACAGCACCAUCAGCCAGCAAUCCUUCACCUACACCAUUCCGAACAUCACUGCCAGCAGCCAGGGCCACUACACAUGUUCCUACACAACCCAGGUUUCAGGUCGUUGGAUACCAUCGUUUCAAAGUCGCCCUGUAACUGUCGCACGUUCGGGUGUGAGAUUGGUCAAUUCGAACGAUCCGUGCUCUGGAACUGUGGAGGUGUUGUACGAUGGAAGUUGGGGCACGGUUUGUGAUGAUGGCUGGGAUUUGGCAGAUGGCACUGUUCUUUGCAAGGAGCUGCAAUGUGGACCCGCCCUGUCGGUGCACGGUAGUGCUCGGUUUGGAACAGGUAGCGGCAAGAUUUGGAUGGAUGACGUUUCCUGCGAGGGGACAGAGUCCCAUCUCCGGUCUUGCUCCUUCCCCGGUUGGGGAACCCACAACUGUGGUCAUGGUGAGGAUGCAGGUGUAAUCUGUUACCCAGGAUCGGGUGUGAGAUUGGUCAAUUCGAACGAUCCGUGCUCUGGAACUGUGGAGGUGUUGUACGAUGGAAGUUGGGGCACGGUUUGUGAUGAUGGCUGGGAUUUGGCAGAUGGCACUGUUCUUUGCAAGGAGCUGCAAUGUGGACCCGUCCUGUCGGUGCACGGUAGCGCUCGGUUUGGAGGAGGUACUGGAAAUAUUUGGAUGGAUGACGUUUCCUGCGAGGGGACGGAGUCCCAUCUCCGGUCUUGCUCCUUCCCCGGUUGGGGAACCCACAACUGUGGUCAUGGUGAGGAUGCAGGUGUAACCUGUUACCCAGAUCGUUUGACGGAGGCGACAAUCUCUGCCAGCCCUUCACUGGCACUCUACGUGGCUGGAGAUUCACUCACUAUUAACUGCACAGUUCCACACAGCAACUUGACUGGACAUCUGGAGUUGCUGAAGGACUCGAAUUCUCUCAGCUUUGGACAAAGAGCCCUCACAUACGUCAUUGAAAACGUCACCACCAGCGACCAAGGGAGCUACCAAUGUUCGUAUCAGACUGAGGUGGCAGAGCAAUGGUCACCCAGCUCUCUGAGUCAACCUGUUGAUAUUGUUGUUACAAAUCCUGCAACCGAGCCGAGCAUCUCCGUGAGAGCUGACGGCGGAUCAGUCAACAUCAGCUGCACAGUUCCAGACGGUGUCCCUUCAGGCCGCUUUCUGUUGCUAAAGGACACGGUUCCCAUCAUCAACAGCACCAUCAGCCAGCAAUCCUUCACCUACACCAUUCCGAACAUCACUGCCAGCAGCCAGGGCCACUACACAUGUUCCUACACAACCCAGGUUUCAGGUCGUUGGAUACCAUCGUUUCAAAGUCGCCCUGUAACUGUCGCACGUUCGGGUGUGAGAUUGGUCAAUUCGAACGAUCCGUGCUCUGGAACUGUGGAGGUGUUGUACGAUGGAAGUUGGGGCACGGUUUGUGAUGAUGGCUGGGAUUUGGCAGAUGGCACUGUUCUUUGCAAGGAGCUGCAAUGUGGACCCGCCCUGUCGGUGCACGGUAGUGCUCGGUUUGGAACAGGUAGCGGCAAGAUUUGGAUGGAUGACGUUUCCUGCGAGGGGACAGAGUCCCAUCUCCGGUCUUGCUCCUUCCCCGGUUGGGGAACCCACAACUGUGGUCAUGGUGAGGAUGCAGGUGUAAUCUGUUACCCAGGUAAGACCCAGCUGUAUAACUGAAUGGACAUCUUCUGAUCGGGUGUGAGAUUGGUCAAUUCGAACGAUCCGUGCUCUGGAACUGUGGAGGUGUUGUACGAUGGAAGUUGGGGCACGGUUUGUGAUGAUGGCUGGGAUUUGGCAGAUGGCACUGUUCUUUGCAAGGAGCUGCAAUGUGGACCCGUCCUGUCGGUGCACGGUAGCGCUCGGUUUGGAGGAGGUACUGGGAAUAUUUGGAUGGAUGACGUUUCCUGCGAGGGGACGGAGUCCCAUCUCCGGUCUUGCUCCUUCCCCGGUUGGGGAACCCACAACUGUGGUCAUGGUGAGGAUGCAGGUGUAACCUGUUCGGGUGUGAGAUUGGUCAAUUCGAACGAUCCGUGCUCUGGAACUGUGGAGGUGUUGUACGAUGGAAGUUGGGGCACGGUUUGUGAUGAUGGCUGGGAUUUGGCAGAUGGCACUGUUCUUUGCAAGGAGCUGCAAUGUGGACCCGCCCUGUCGGUGCACGGUAGUGCUCGGUUUGGAACAGGUAGCGGCAAGAUUUGGAUGGAUGACGUUUCCUGCGAGGGGACAGAGUCCCAUCUCCGGUCUUGCUCCUUCCCCGGUUGGGGAACCCACAACUGUGGUCAUGGUGAGGAUGCAGGUGUAAUCUGUUCGGGUGUGAGAUUGGUCAAUUCGAACGAUCCGUGCUCUGGAACUGUGGAGGUGUUGUACGAUGGAAGUUGGGGCACGGUUUGUGAUGAUGGCUGGGAUUUGGCAGAUGGCACUGUUCUUUGCAAGGAGCUGCAAUGUGGACCCGCCCUGUCGGUGCACGGUAGUGCUCGGUUUGGACAAGGUAGCGGCAAUAUUUGGAUGGAUGACGUUUCCUGCGAGGGGACGGAGUCCCAUCUCCGGUCUUGCUCCUUCCCCGGUUGGGGAACCCACAACUGUGGUCAUGGUGAGGAUGCAGGUGUAAUCUGUUACCCAGGAUCGGGUGUGAGAUUGGUCAAUUCGAACGAUCCGUGCUCUGGAACUGUGGAGGUGUUGUACGAUGGAAGUUGGGGCACGGUUUGUGAUGAUGGCUGGGAUUUGGCAGAUGGCACUGUUCUUUGCAAGGAGCUGCAAUGUGGACCCGCCCUGUCGGUGCACGGUAGUGCUCGGUUUGGAACAGGUAGCGGCAAGAUUUGGAUGGAUGAUGUUUCCUGCGAGGGGACAGAGUCCCAUCUCCGGUCUUGCUCCUUCCCCGGUUGGGGAACCCACAACUGUGGUCAUGGUGAGGAUGCAGGUGUAAUCUGUUACCCAGAUCCUUCAACGGAGCCGAUAAUCUCUGUCAGCCCUUCACUGGCACUCUAUGUGGCUGGAGAUUCACUCACUAUUAACUGCACAGUUCCACACAGCAACUUGACUGGACAUCUGGAGUUGCUGAAGGACUCGAAUUCUCUCAGCAUCGGACAAGGAGCCCUCACAUACGUCAUUGAAAACGUCACCACCAGCGACCAAGGGAGCUACCAAUGUUCCUAUCGGACUGAGGUGGCAGAGCAAUGGUCACCCAACUCUCUGAGUCAACCUGUUGAUAUUGUUGUUACAAAUCCUGCAACCGAGCCGAGCAUCUCCGUGAGAGCUGACGGCGGAUCAGUCAACAUCAGCUGCACAGUUCCAGACGGUGUCCCUUCAGGCCGCUUUCUGUUGCUAAAGGACACGGUUCCCAUCAUCAACAGCACCAUCAGCCAGCAAUCCUUCACCUACACCAUUCCGAACAUCACUGCCAGCAGCCAGGGCCACUACACAUGUUCCUACACAACCCAGGUUUCAGGUCGUUGGAUACCAUCGUUUCAAAGUCGCCCUGUAACUGUCGCACGUUCGGGUGUGAGAUUGGUCAAUUCGAACGAUCCGUGCUCUGGAACUGUGGAGGUGUUGUACGAUGGAAGUUGGGGCACGGUUUGUGAUGAUGGCUGGGAUUUGGCAGAUGGCACUGUUCUUUGCAAGGAGCUGCAAUGUGGACCCGCCCUGUCGGUGCACGGUAGCGCUCGGUUUGGAACAGGUAGCGGCAAGAUUUGGAUGGAUGACGUUUCCUGCAAUGGGACAGAGUCCCAUCUCCGGUCUUGCUCCUUCCCCGGUUGGGGAACCCACAACUGUGGUCAUGGUGAGGAUGCAGGUGUAAUCUGUUACCCAGAUCCUUCUAUGGAGCCGACAAUCUCUGCCAGCCCUUCACUGGCACUGUACGUGGCUGGAGAUUCACUCACUAUUAACUGCACAGUUCCACACAGCAACUUGACUGGACAUCUGGAGUUGCUGAAGGACUCGAAUUCUCUCAUCAUUGGACAAGGAGCCCUCACAUACGUCAUUGAAAACGUCACCACCAGCGACCAAGGGAGCUACCAAUGUUCCUAUCGGACUGAGGUGGCAGAGCAAUGGUCACCCAGCUCUCUGAGUCAACCUGUUGAUAUUGUUGUUACAAGUGAGUGA